AUGCCCCCCAAAAAGACAUCAGAGAAAGCGAAGCAGGCCGCCCGCGAUGAGGGGAUCGUCAAUCCAUCUGGUGCCGCCAUUGGCGGCUUCGCAGCAGCAUACCUCGUAGGCGUCCCCAUUACCUCCAGCAUCACCAAAACAGACGGUGUGCUCCAAGGCCUCAUUCAGGGAAUACUCAAACUCAUCCCCGGCGGCGUCGCCCCGGGCCGUACUAUCCCGGCCCUGACGGCGCUGUACCUGUUUAUGACCUUCGGGGCGUCGGGCGCGCUUUCCGCCGCGGGUCAGGCCAUGAGCCGCCGCGAGGGUCUGGACAACAACACGCCCCGGAAACAUGUCCAUAACCUAGAUGGCCUACCGCUCCGCCUGCGGUCGGCGCACUACGGCCUGCUGGAGAACUUCGCGGGAUUUGCGGUGGCAGCGUCCCUUGCGCAGAGUCUGGCACCUGCUGAUCCCCAAAUUGGGAAUCUGCUGGGGCUUCAUGUCCUGUUGAAAACCGGCGUGUACUAUGCUAGUUAUCUGGCCGACGUCGCGCCGCCGAGAACUUUGAGCCAUGUACUGGCGACGAGCGCGGUGAUUAAUGUCUGCUGGAGGUUGGCGAACGGUGCCUAG